AUGUCGCUCUAUUCACAUGCUCCCGAGCCCCUUUCCUGGCACGAUACGAAGCCGACUGUGCUGGUGUGCUGGUGGGCGACCCUCUUCUCCACAGUUAUCAUCCUGCUGCGAGUCGCUGGUCGCUUCAUCCGCUCCGAAAUGCUCUUUGCCGAGGACAAGAUGGCCUUUUACGCCCUGCUGCCCAUGUACGCGCGCAUGGGCUGCGUGCACGUCAUCCUCGUCUACGGCACCAACAACAACGACUUUUCCAACCUCACCCUUACCCCUGACGAGAUCCGGCGGAGGACCAUCGGGAGCGGCCUGGUCCUCGCGAGCCGCAUCUUUUACAGCGCGACGCUCUGGGUGCUGAAGAACACCAUUCUAGAAUUCUUUAAGCGCCUCACUGGUCUCACAUGGUCCCGCUCCUACUCGGUUGGCGUCCUCGCCAUCCGUUGCAUGCUAGGGCUCACUUUCAUCGCAAUCGUCAUCAGCGAUUUGGCUGAAUGCCGGCCCUUCCGCCACUACUGGCAGGUAUUGCCAGACCCCGGAGGCCAUUGCCGCCAGGGAUAUGUGAACCUGCUCACCACCGGGGUGUGCAAUAUUCUCACGGAUUUAUUGUUGGUGCUAUUCCCGGUGCCGAUCAUCAUCAACAGCUCCAUGAGUGUGAAGCGGAAAGUCCAACUCGUUCUGCUCUUCAGCCUUAGCUUGGGUGUUGUUGCGGUAACGUUCUUCCGGGUCACGCAUGUCAUCGAAGCUCACGGGAGCCAACAGAUGCGCUCGCUCCUGGCAUCUGUUGAGCUCCUGAUCGCGACUGGAGUGGCCAAUGCGCUGGUACUGGGUUCCUUUGUGAGAGACAGGGGCGUCAAGAAACGCAAGUUCAGGUACGAUUCCGUGGCUGGGGAAUCCUACCACGCUACGGACAGCGCAAACAGGUCCAGGAGACCGGCAAUUGCGGGUCUUGCGUGGGGUAGCGAUGUAGACCUCGUCAGGGACGUCGGCUUUGGUGUUCAGAACGACUUGAGAAGUCCCGUCGCGGACCCAGAGGCGGCAAGACCGACACCUGCAGGACCCGUGGCGCCGCACAAGACGUUUAACCUGCAGGAUUGGAAUUUCCCAGAAAGAUCGGCUGAAGCGAGGCGAGGAAGUCAGCUGCUUCCAUCAGAUCAACUCUCCGACGCGCCGAGCAGCAGCGGGCCGAGACGCGUUUCAUUUUUCGAUGUCGGCGGAUUGCUUGACGACAGGCCCUCGAGCCCUAGCACGGCGCGGCGGCAGAGCACGAUGUCCAGCCGAGACCCUCUUUCACCACACAUCUCGCACUCCCCGCCAUCAUCUGUCCUACCUGCAAGCGGGAGCGGGUUUCGUAGAGGCUCACAAGCCCUGCUACAAGAUAUCGGGGGCCUUCUGCCUUUCAAGUCUGGUAAAGUCCAGGGCGGAGACUCCAGGGGAAAAGAAAUCGAGGGGUCCGCUUCUUCCGGGACUGAGUUGCAGGAUAUUUCACCGGCUAUCUCCCCACGGACGACAUUACGCCCAAGUGACCCGCCGCCAUACGAGCACGAAGGCAGACCCGGAGACUCGAAUCAUUUGAUGGAUGUUGGCGGGCUACUGAAGUAA